GUUAAAAAAAAAACUCAGAGUGGGGAAAAAUAGUUUUGACCGGUCAUACAACUCGGAAUUCGGGCCUSUUUCUUGAACUCCGGCUUUCCGACCUGAAGAUCACCUACGUCAUGAUUUGACCUCGUAUUUUUUUUAGUUCCGAGCUGCCUUGAAAGCACCCCAGUCAGUACUUUGACAGUGCGACAGUUUGUCCUCCGAGAACAGACUUUUCGCUGUUGCCUUGUUAGGUGCCAAAAAAACAAGAUGCUCUCUUACAUCAUUGGGCUCAUUCGGAGCAGUAUCGACAACAUCAUCAACCUCAUCCUGAGCCUCUUCCUCUCAAAGAAGAAACCUGCCAUCACCCUAGAGGACCCCAACAUCAAAUAUGCAUUAAAGCUGAUAGAUAAAGAGAUCAUCAGUCAUGACACAAGGAAAUUCCGUUUUGCCCUGCGGGAGAAGGAUCAUGUCCUUGGGCUACCCAUUGGGCAACACAUAUACCUGUCUGCAAAGCCGGAUGGAGUCCUGGUGGUCAGACCGUACACACCUGUGUCUAGUGAUGACGACGUAGGCUUCGUAGACCUGGUAGUCAAGAUUUACUACAAGAACGUUAAUCCAAAGUUUCCUGAAGGUGGGAAGAUGAGUCAGUACUUGGAGAGCCUCCGGAUUGGUGACACUAUUGAUUUCAGAGGGCCCAGCGGCCUGCUGGUCUACCAAGGAAACGGGGCUUUUGCCAUCAAGGCAGAAAAAAAGUCAGAGCCUGUGAUCAAAACUUCCAAGAAAGUGGGCAUGAUCGCAGGAGGGACCGGAAUCACUCCCAUGCUGCAGAUCAUCACAGCUAUAAUGAAGGAUCCCCAGGACCAGACUGUGUGUCACCUGCUCUUCGCCAACCAGACUGAGAAAGACAUCUUGCUUCGACCGGAGUUGGAGGAGAUCGCAGCUAAUCACCCAACCCGAUUCAAGCUAUGGUUCACCCUGGACAGGGCGCCUGAGAAGUGGGCGUACAGCCACGGCUUCAUCAGUGAAGACAUGGUGAGAGACCACCUUCCACCCCCUGGAGAUGACACUCUCAUCCUCCUGUGUGGACCGCCUCCCAUGAUCCAGUUUGCCUGUAACCCCAACCUAGACAAAGUGGGCCACGCCAGCAGCCGGAGGUUCACCUUUUAGAAGCCACCCCGGGGGAGGGGUUAAAAAGGGGUUCCCCAGGGCUCAAUCAGCCACACCCAACAUUUAUAAAACACGCUUGAUCAGCUAUUGAAAUCAUUUCGCUCAUCCUUCAGCAGAAUUAGUGUGGACCAUUUUCUGUAAUUUGGUGUGCCUCAAUUUCCAAAACAGAAUCCUGAAAUGAGUGGUGUCCAAAGCAUUUUCUGUUGAUCAGUGAUUUCUGAUUAACAGGUUUAUCAUUCUGAAUUGAAUCACUGGUAGUUGGGGGAGGAGUAGAAAACAUAUUUGUUAUUUGAACGUUCCUCCUGUCAAACUAAUUGUGACAACAGAUACUUGUAUACUGAACAAAAUAUAAACGCAACAUGCAACAAUUUCAAACAUUUUACUGAAUUACAGUUCAUAGGAGGAAAUCAGUUAAUUUAAAUUAAUUAGGCCCUAAUCUAUGGAUUUCACAUGACUGGGCACGGGUGCAAGCACGAGUGGGCCUGGGACGGCAAUCAGUGAGUUUUUCCCCAAGAAAGGGCUUUGUUAAAGACAUACUCAUGGCCUUUUAUUGUCCCAAGCACAAGGUGCACCUAUGUAAUGUUCAUGCUCUUUAAUCAGCUUCUUGAUAUGCCACACCUGUUAGGUGUAUGGAUUAUCUUGGAAAGGAGAAAUGCUCACUAACAGGGAUGUAAGCAAAUUUGUACAGAAAAUGAAAAUCAGCCUUUUGUGCGACUGGACAUUUUUCUGGGAUCUUUUAUUUCAGCUCAUGAAACCAACACUUUACAUAUUGCGUUUUAUAUUUUUUUGUUCAGUAUAGUUGUAACUUGACUUGAGUGCCUUCGCAAUUGCCAUCUUUGGUAAAGUAAUUCUUGUUUUUGUAUGCACAGCUGAAGACAUGACCAUAAUACUGCUCGCUUUGCUUCCWCUGCAAAUUAUUCCAUAAAGUGUUAUGUAUAACUUUGCACAUUGAUGUACUUAUUCCAUAUUGUUGCAGAAAGAUUCUCAUUGUGUGACUACUAAAAGGGGGGGAUAUCUUGAAGCUGUUACUGAAGUCUUUCCAUGUGCUUAAAUGUGUCAUUUGCUUACAUGUCCUUACAGCACUUGAAUUACGGUUUCAUUAUGCAACAUGUUUGUUAUACAUUGAGACCAAUAAAAUACAAAUGCAAUAA